AUGGCGGACUUUGGAGAGUACCCGCCGAAUAUGGCGCCCCAGGAUGCCCUCGUGGUGCGCCAACAAGCAGAGCCGGACCACGCUGUCGUUCCUUAUACUGCCGAAGAUCUUUCGCGGCCAAAAGCCGGCCCAGCAAAUCCGUACAAGGACGCAACGACCACCCUCAAGCGCAAAAAUGUUCUCACUGGCCAUGCUGAGGAGACUUUUGUGAGCGAACAUACCUUCCGGAGCAAACACAGGGCUAUCGAGAGGAAAGGCGGACCAGGACGACAAUAUCAAAGCGGCGCAGACAUCAAGGCCGAGGCGGCGAAUCUACGGGCUGGUCGAGAGAAGAAAGGCGACGCAACUAUCGCUGAGGGCGCGGGAGCGUAUGUUGGACCUUGGGCUAAAUUUAAAAAGCAAGAAUACGAGGUUGUUGGUGAGGAUGAAGAGCUGGCAAGCGACGAAGAAUACGAUGAGAUCGACGAGGACGAAGUUGUCGAGAGUGGAACCGUCCUACAGGCGCCUGCUGGUGCUCUUACUCGACGUAAGGAAGUCGAGGAAUUGGGAGACGAGACGACGACGUUCCACGGCUCCGAAGAGUACGAUUAUCAGGGCCGAACGUAUAUGCAUGUGCCGCAGGAUUUGGACAUCGACUUGCGCAAGGAGCCUGGUAGCGCCACCAACUUCAUUCCGAAGAAGCAGGUUCACGGCUGGAAGGACCAUCAAGGGGCUGUCAAUGCGCUGCGGUUCUUUCCCGGCUCAGGACACUUGCUUCUAUCAGCUGGUGCGGACACCACAGUCAAGAUUCGCGAUGUGUAUCACGACAGGGAACUGCUGCGGACGUUUUCUGGCCACUCCAAAUCGGUGUCGGAUAUCUGCUUCAACAACUCGGGAACGCAGUUCUUGUCUGCUUCGUAUGAUCGCAUGAUUAAGCUCUGGGACACGGAGAAGGGUGUUUGCAUCAACAAGUUUACCACUGGGAAGACGCCGCAUGUUAUCAGAUUCAACCCUGAUCCGGAGCACUCGAAUGAAUUCCUUGCCGGCAUGUCAGACAAGAAGAUUGUUCAGUUCGAUAUACGUACGCCGAACGAAGUGGUUCAGGAGUAUGACCAUCACUUGGCUGCCAUCAACACCAUUGUCUUUGUCGAUAACAACCGGCGCUUCAUGACGACAUCCGACGACAAGUCGCUCCGUGCAUGGGACUACAAUAUCCCCGUGCCCAUCAAAUACAUUGCCGAGCCAGACAUGUACCCUAUGACGAGGGCAGCACUGCACCCAUCCGGCAAAUACGUCGCCUACCAAAGCUCAGACAACCAAAUCCUCGUCUACGGAGCCAACGACAAGUUCCGCCAGAACAGGAAGAAGAGCUACCGGGGCCAUAACAACGCUGGUCUGGGUAUCGAUCUGGACUGCAGUCCUGAUGGCCAAUUCCUGGCUUCUGGUGACCAGGCCGGCUAUGUCUGCUUCUGGGACUGGAAGACGUGCAAGAUGUAUCAUAAGCUGAAGGCGGGCAACCAGGCGGUGACGUGUGUGCAGUGGCAUCCUCAGGAAACGAGCAAAGUUGCUACUGCUGGGUUGGAUGGAGACAUCAGAUACUGGGAUUAA